GAUUCGCAUGAGGGACACGCCUCCGAUGACGUGUCACUGCGGCCACGCCCUCCCACCUCGCCGAGUAAAAUCCAGUACUGGCGAACGCGACGUAGGAGCGUCCGUGACGUCAGCAGAGGAGAAGUGGGCGGUUCCGAAGCUGCCAGAAAAGUAACGUGGUGACGCAGGAGGCUAAGAGCCCAGCGGCGGCGCUUGUCGCACCUACAACCGCUGUACCUGAGCCGGCGGCUCGGCAUGCUGGAUCCGAGCGACAUGGAGAUCGGCCGGUGAACGUUCAUCUCAUCCCAUCCCCCUGUCUACAGGAUGGCCACCCAGCAGCACAGUGUCAGUGAGCCCCUGGCACCGGGCAGCCCGGACCUCCAUCAUCACGAGCUGCUACGGAAAGACAAGUUACUCAAUGGCUGCGUCCCCCUCUCGCAUCAGGUGGCAGGACAUAUGUAUGGCAAGGAUAAAGUUGGUAUACUACAGCAUCCUGAUGGGACUGUGUUAAAGCAACUACAACCACCACCUCGUGGACCAAGAGAACUGGACUUCUAUAACAUGGUUUUCUCAAGUGACUGCACUGACCCUAAGCUGCAUGACCUACAGAUGUUUCUACCAAAAUACUUUGGCACAUGGUCACCCCCAGGAUCUACAAAUGAUCUCUAUUUAAAACUGGAAGAUGUAACCCGAAAGUUUAACAAACCGUGUAUCAUGGACGUAAAGAUAGGCCAAAAGAGUUAUGAUCCACAUGCAUCAGCUGAGAAGAUCCAGCAGCAGAUCAGCAAGUACCCUUUGAUGGAAGAGAUUGGCUUCUUGGUUUUAGGCAUGAGGGUUUAUCACAUGGAUUCUAACAGCUUUGAGGUUCAAAACCAGCACUAUGGAAGGAGCCUGACAAAAGAUACAAUAAAACACGGCCUCUCAACAUUUUUUAACAAUGGGUAUUAUCUGAGAAAGGAUGCGGUGUCCGCUUGCCUCCAGAAAGUUCAGAACAUCCUGCAGUGGUUUGAGAACCAGGACACCCUUCACUUUUAUGCAAGCUCCUUGCUCUUUGUUUAUGAUGGUUCCUGUCCACAAUCGGUCCUAACAGUUGACGGAAAAGCCCAUGCAAAGAAAGUUGCUACCACAGAGCCCCUUAGGGAAGAGGAGGUGACUGAGUGUAAUAAUAAUAUCAGCAUGUUGAACCCAAUGGAGAAUGGCAAAAACGAGGAACAGGUUGAGAAGAAGUGGUCUAGAAUUCAUAUGGCAAACAAAAAGAUUUGUCCUAAAAGACUACACAGUGAAGCCUUUCUGGAAAGAGAAAUCUUAACUGAAGACAAAAGCCGGAAAAAUAAUGGUUCACAGGAGCAUCUGAAUGGAAACCUUCUAACUAAACUGGAAAACGUACUUUGCCAGGUGUCCACAGACCUGAGGGACGGCACACAGGUUGAUGUGAGAAUGAUUGAUUUUGCUCAUGUCUUUCCAAGUGAAGGAAAAGACUUGGGCUAUAUCUACGGAUUAAAGAACUUAAUAGCGGUCUUGCAGAGUAUUUUAGACGAAUAACUUGUCUUUAUGAUUGGUGGUCAAAGACCAGAUAAUUGAGUACACACCUUCAAGAAUAUUUGCACUUGUAAUUGUGGUAACCUUUACCCUUUUUAUUGUGAUUCUUCAUUCUAAGUUUUUUCAUCUUGGUGGAUGGGGGUUUACCUUUUUUAUAAUAUUACUCAGGAAAAUUGAAGUGACGUAGAAAUAGAUUAGGGAACUUUUUGGAGGGCAAGUAAACUGGAUAAUGUUCUUUGGAUGGCUAGUAGAUCAUGAAUGGAAGGGGAGGUUAUGGUGCUAUGGCAAGACAGCUGCUUUUUUGACAGAUUCUGGUCAAUAUUAAAGGAGAUAUCCAGUGGUGGUGGCCCCCCGCGAUCUCCUGUACGGGGCCCCAACAGCCCGUCGGCAAUCUCCGGCUCUGCCAUAGAGUUGUAUUGAGGGGGCGUGUCGGCCGCCGCUUCGUGCGGUAGUCAACACGCGCUAUCUGGCCAGCGAGCCGGGGCCCUGUACAGGAGAUCGCGGGGGCCCCAGCAGUCGGACCCCACCGCGAUCUGAAACCUAUCCCCUAUCCUUAGGAUAGGAGUUUUUCACUACUGGAAUACCCCUUUAAAUUUGGGACCGUUCUUCCUAGACCAUGUAUCUUAUAUAGGCAAUCUCCAUGUGAAAUAAGCCGUACCUUCAUACAAAGGUCACUAGGAUGUUUCUUCUUGUUUUGGAAAGAAAUAUUUUACAUAGCUUGAAGAACACGAUGUUUUACACUAAAAUGCAUCUGUUUUGAUACUGAGCCAUUGAACCACACAAUGUAAACCCCUUAUUUGUUUACAUAGAUUAAAACUGGAAAUCCCUAUGGUAGAGAAAUAUGUAACAUUAUUAAUGUUUCAGGAAGUAACCACCAUUAGACAAGUUGGGACAAAGAAGGAUAUUGGGGGAAUUUAUCAUUGCUUUAACCCUGUUUUUGUGGUGUUGAUUUGUCACAGUUAGAGGCUUUUUCUAAAAUUGUGUAGCUAUGCCAUAGUCAGGUUAGCUUUUUGCAGUGGUCAUGAAUUUAUCAUGUGCGACUUAUUGCACGAUUUGUUGCAAAUCUACACCAGCAAAGUCCUGGCUUACAUAACUGGCUAUGGACGGCAUUUGUAAUGCUAAAUAAAUUUGCACAUUAUGUGACACAGGGUUAAAAAGUUGCAGAGGGUGAACCAAGCAAAGUGGUGUAAUUAAAAAGUGUACUAGCACCAUACUUAUCACAUGCCAUGUAACCAUGUAAUAAAUUUGGCGCAUUACCACCACACAGAGUAAAGGUGAACAAAAAAUCCUUUUACCU